UAAUUAACAUUAAAAUUAUAAAAUUAUAAAGUUUCACUUGUGUCUCUCACUCGCUUCACUCUCCAAAACCUCCACACUUACAGUGUUCACAUUUCAAAUCUCUUCAUCACACCAAACCCUAAUUCCCAAGAAUCCACUAAUUCCUGAGCACUUUCACCCUUCCCUCACUCAUUCCACUCAAACUCUCCAUCAGAGACCCACCUCCAUUUCCAUGGCAUUACUGUAAAUAUAUGAUGACACUGAGGGUAAAAUCGAUUGCUAAUGGGUGUGGCGAAAGCGUGGAGUUUUAGCUUGAUAUCGGCGAACCUGGCUUUGUUACAGCAACAGAACGGUUACAACGGCAACGGAAAUGUCAAACAUUUUGUGCUGUGGAGAUGGCGAUCCUAUGGUUCGCAGCGUAGGAAGAUCUCGUGGCCUUUAGUUUGUGGUUUGAUGCUUUUUGCUUUGGGGUUGAUUUCGCUCUUCACUGGUCAUGUAGCAUCUGAUCUUGAAUGGUACUCUCAGCGAUUGGUUAAGCCCAGCUUGUACUCCAAAUUGAGGGAAGGAAUUGGAAGUCGACAUGCGCAAAUUGAAAUUUGGAAAUCGAAUUAUUCGAAUUAUUACUAUGGAUGUAGCGAAAGAAGCAAAAAGUCUGCUGCUGCCACAACCGAGCGAUCAUCAAAUGGCUAUUUGCUUAUUGCAGCAAGUGGAGGACUCAACCAACAAAGAACAGGAAUAACAGAUGCUGUGGUUGUUGCUCGUAUUCUUAAUACCACUUUAGUUGUACCUGAGUUGGAUCAUCAUUCCUAUUGGAAGGAUGAUAGCGAAUUUGUCAACAUAUUUGACGUUAAUCAUUUCAUUUCUUCUCUUUCAAAAGAUGUGACUAUUGUAAAAAGAGUUCCUGAUAAAGUGAUGCGAUCAAUGGAAAAACCACCUUACACUAUGCGAGUUCCUAGGAAAUCAACCCCUGAAUAUUAUCUUGAUCAAGUUCUGCCGAUACUGUUGAGAAGACGUGUGGUGCAACUGACAAAGUUUGAUUAUAGACUUGCUAAUGACCUAGACGAGGAGCUGCAGAAGUUGCGUUGCCGAGUAAAUUAUCAUGCUUUAAGAUUUACAAAACCUAUCCAAGGACUUGGUCAGAAACUUGUCAUGAGAAUGCGAAAGAUGGCAAAACGUUUUAUUGCAGUUCACUUGAGGUUUGAACCUGAUAUGCUAGCAUUUUCUGGGUGUUACUAUGGUGGAGGUGAGAAAGAGAGAUAUGAGCUUGGUGAAAUAAGGAAAAGAUGGGCAACAUUACCUGAUUUAAGUCCUGAGGGAGAGCGCAAGCGAGGGAAGUGCCCACUUACUCCUCAUGAAGUGGGGUUGAUGCUGCGGGCAAUUGGUUUUGCAAAUGAUACAUACCUCUAUGUUGCUUCUGGAGAAAUAUAUGGCGGAGAAGAGACUCUGCGGCCUUUAAGAGAACUCUUCCCAAACUUCUAUACAAAGGAGAUGCUUGCCAAUGAAGAGCUGAAACCUUUUCUUCCAUUCUCAUCUAGGCUUGCUGCCAUUGACUACAUUGUCUGUGAUGAGAGCGAUGUUUUUGUCACGAACAACAAUGGAAAUAUGGCCAAAAUUCUUGCGGGUCGAAGGAGGUACAUGGGGCAUAAGAGGACCAUCAGACCAAAUGCGAAGAGGCUCAGUGCUCUGUUCAUGGCAAGACAUAAGAUGGAUUGGGAUACUUUUGCCAGGAAGGUAAAGUCAUGCCAAAGAGGAUUCAUGGGAGAGCCAGAUGAGAUGAAACCAGGAAGAGGUGAGUUUCAUGAAUUCCCAGAUUCGUGUAUCUGUGAAAAACAAGCCAAUGAUAAUGGAAACAAGAAAAAUGGGGAUCAUCACUUGAAAUUAGAUUCCGUGAACUCAGUUGUUAAAUCUAAAGAUGAAGAGAACCAAGGUGAGAAAAAAUUUAGAAACAGCAUGGGAAAAGUGCGGGUAAAUACUGUAGAUGACGAGUUUGAUGAACAUUUUCCUGACUAA